AUGGCUAUUGCUUUGGCCCCUACCACCGCCGCUGCGCCCGCCCAGUGCCAGAGCCUGGGCAAAGGAGCAUUCGGAUACAACUCGACCUCCAUCUGGAUCUAUGCAACUACCCCGCCCGGUGCCUAUCUCACCGUUGAUGAUUCCAAACACAUUGUCGCUUCCACGGUGCCUACGUAUGAGAACCAGACCAUGUUUGAGUUCUUCAGCUGCUUGCACACGCCUGCGCCGUACCAGGGCAAGGGGGCGAUCGACACGUACCAGGGCUACAUCCAGGCGCCCAAUGGCGAGUGUGUGACGCUGCAUGAUCUGGACAACCCCCGCACGCACGUCGAGACACAGCCAUGCAGGUUCAACGACGUGACUGCGAUCGGAGACGUCGCGCAUGCGCAGCACUUCCAGUUCCAGACCGACUCGUUCUACUCGUACUACUCGGCGGUGUUCCUCGGCAGCACACAUGGACCCGUCAGCACCAACGCGUUUGGCGGUGGCGGCCACCGCAUCUUCAGCCUCGAUCCUGCGCCCUCUUCCGCUGCCGGCACGUCGUACCUCAAGUCGACCAAAGUCACGGGCGACGCGCAGUCGGCAAAUCCCAGCACGAUGCUCAUCGGUCAGCUGGGCGACGAAUACCGACCUCCCACCAAGAGUGUAUUGUGA